CUUUUCACUACAACGCGGGUAAUGGCCAUAAUCACUUAUUUUGAACACCUCCAUCCAUAUAAUUCAUUUUACGCAGCAACAAAUCUGUUGUAGUAGAAAAAUGGUAAUUGAAGCUAAAGUUUCAGAACAAAAAUGGCGAUACACAUGGGAAUCACAAUCCCACACACCAACACUCCGUUUACUCCUUUUCCCAUUCUCCAAAACCCUAAACCCUUCACUCAAUCUCACCGUUCAUCUUCAUUCACCACCUUCAUUCCUCACUCUCACUUCUUCCUCCUCCGCCACCGCUCCUCUCUCCCUUAGGGUUCCGAUUCCCAAUGUCUUACUCGACGCCGAUUUCCCUCCCACCGUCCGAUCAUUCUCCGACCACAUCGAAGUCAAACUCCUUCUCUUACUCCCCGUCGAUCACCCUGCGCUUUCCGCACUCCAUCAAUCCUCGCCGUUACCUCAACCUCUCCUAAUGGAAUAUGAUGUGGAUAAAUUGUCUUCAGCUGAAAAAGUUGAUUUUGUUUGUAGAAGUUGCGGACUCGGUUUGACCAAAAAGCCUAUCAGGAAUUUUGUUGAAAAGCCAUCAGCGAAUUGGAGGGAAAUAGCUGACAAUUGGUUUGGGACUUGUUGUUGUUCGUUUGGAGGUAUAAGCGAGAAGCUGGUGAUGAGGUAUGUGAAUUCUCACACGUGCGCGCAGGGGAUGUGCCUGUUGAGCUCUACAUCUGUCACUUUUUGCAAGGAUGAUCUUGUGGAAAGUAACUUUCCUGAACGGUGUGGACGGCUGCAUGAGUGUAGUUAUGUAGCAGAUGAUUUUGGAGGCGAUGCUGUUAGUGAGGGCGCUGGAAACUUUGGGCUGGAUGAGGAAAGAACUUCAACCUGCAGUGAUGCUGGUGAAGCGAAUGGUGUUUUUGAUGAAAAUGCAAGGGUUGCCCAUCCUGAGAAUGGACAGCUUUCUGUGAAUUUUAACGAAGUUGCUAAGAAUGAAUCUGAUUGCAGUGGUUAUUCUCGUAUAUGUCUAGAUUUGAAUGACGCUAAAGAUGUGACCAACAUUCCUAGUUGCUGUACUCAGACAAGCACUCUAGUAGAUGAAGAUGGUGAACAUCAUUUAUCUACAAAUGCUAGGAAGAUUGAAACUGUGGAAAUUGUGGGGAUUCAGAAGACUUUGCUUAAUGGUUUUCUUGAAGAUGUUUUCAUGGCUAGAUCAUCAAAUCUGUCGAAGGAUAUUUAUUGGCAUGAAUUUACAUGCCCGCUAUGCACAGCGCUCCUUGGAGCCUACCCAUGCUGUGAGGGUUGUGCGCCUGUAGACGGAGGAGUACGAUUGUUCAAAUGUUAUAUUUCAACCUGUGUGCCAGUUUUAGGAUCAGGCGACAUUUUCAGCAAGUACACGGUAGACAAAAUGUUUGCAAAUCGGUUGAUGGAGUGUGCAAAUGAUGAGUCAACAUUUCGGUUUGUCGUUAGAGAUCUGCAAACCAAAUCUCCUGUCCUGCAAAUCAUUCUCCUAAAUCCAGAUACUUGGUCCUGUUCUGGUAAUUGUUCUGGUACAGAGGACAAAGACCCAGAUCCUAAAUUACAGUUACGGCCGGUCAUCAAGGUCCUUUUUUCUGAUUCUGAAGCUACAACAGAAUCUCAAUUAAGGAUGAUUGAGGAAUGGGCAGCAAAGAAUUCAGCUGAAGACAUUUUUAUGCUAACUUAUCAAAUACAAGACCUGGUGGAUGCAUUGAUGUCAGCAAAAGAUAUGUAUCCACCAUCAUGUGCUUCUCUUCAUGGUUUAAUUUUGUCAUCUUUGCAACGGUAGUAACUACGACCCAACAACUCAUUUGGUAACCAAAAGUGUGACCAAUCUGGCUCAGUAAAGGAUGAAGGAUUAUUUUUCUGUUUUUUUGAAAGAAAAAAAGUUAGAUAGCUGGAAUUAACUUGACAGAAUAGGAGCCAGAAAGAUGUUUGUCAUAUUGAAGAGAUAGAGUGAAUGGUGUUAAAUUAUUUUCUCCAACCAUCACUCUUAAUAUUUCUCACCUAAGGAAUGCACAAUGGUCAUGUGGAUGGAGAUUCUUUAGAGUUGAAUAUGUAACUGAACAAUAUUAAACCAACAAAAUGUGUUUUGUUUUUAUGAAUCAA